AUCUGCAGGGAGCAAGUGUGGCUGAGCUUCUGUUUUUCUGGGUGAUUUCUGGCAGCGUGUCACGCGCGCACACACACAAGGAGAGCGAGAGAGCGGAUCCAUGCCCGGAAAAUAUUGGCUGUGUCAUCUUUGGAAUGAGUGGCUCAUUUCCACGCAGAUCAUCACUUCUCACGUGCCUUUUAACUAUUGAUAUUUUGAAUCGAUAUUUUUUUGUAGCGUUAAUUGGUGAUUUUUUAUACUCAUGAGCGCACGUGCGUGAGAAUCGCGUAUUUAAAACCCAAAAGAGCCGGAGGAUUAUGGAGAGUGUGUUUUUAUUCCUUCUGCUUUCAGUGUUUGUUCGAGGAUCUCCCGUCUACCGGUAUGCUAACUCCAACAGCCUACAGCCGUAUAUGCCCAAUGUUUGUAUGGAGCAGGAGAUGAUGUUGGUCGCCCAGAGGCAGCCGUGCGUGCAGGCUUUUACGCGCAUGGUCAAAGUGUGGAAGCAAGGCUGCGCCGGGCAGUCGUGGUGUUUAGGAUACGAAAGGAGGACGGCGUACUAUACCGCAUACAGACAAGUGUAUCGGCAGGAUUAUCACACAGUCUACAAGUGCUGUUCCGGAUGGUCUCAACUUAAUGGAGAAGCCGGUUGCCUUUACCCUGUGUGUAGCAAUGGCGUGUGCUUUAACGGGGGCCGGUGUCGAGAGGGAUCUACUCAGCUAUGCGACUGUCCUGCUGGAUUCAACGGGCCCAGCUGCCAGUAUGAUGUAAACGAAUGCGAAGAGACCAAUGGCGGAUGCGAAGCACUGUGCUGCAACACCAUUGGAAGUUUCUACUGUCGCUGUCCUACUGGACUCAAAUUGAACCAAGAUGGCAAAACCUGUCAAGAUAUUGAUGAAUGCCAAGUCCAUAAUGGCGGCUGCCAGCACAGAUGCAUUAACACCAGAGGCUCCUUCUACUGCGAAUGCCAAAUGGGAUCCCGCUUGCAUGUCGAUGGACGCACUUGCCUUCCUGUCCACUCCUGCGCCCUCAGCAACGGUGGCUGUGAACACUACUGCGUCCAGCAGUCUGCCACGCACUUCCAGUGCCGCUGCAAGCCCAACUACGAGCUGACAGAAGACGGCAAGCAUUGCAAAUUGCAGAAUCCCUGCGCCGAACACAAUGGAGGCUGCAUGCAUCGGUGUCGGGCUGACGGCGGUAACGCGCACUGCGACUGCAGGGCGGGCUUCAUUCUGGCCGAAGACGGACGCACAUGUCAAGAUAUUGACGAGUGUCAGACGGAGAAGGCCAGCUGCGCCCACGGCUGCCACAACACGCCGGGCUCCUUCGCCUGCGUUUGUAACGCCGCCUACGAGCUGGGAUCGGACGGAAAACAGUGUUACAGAAUCGAGAUGGAGAUCGUGAACAGCUGCGGGAACAACAAUGGCGGAUGUUCGCAUCACUGCCAGUAUUCCAACAGCGGCCCAGUUUGCACCUGUAACCAAGGUUACCACCUUCAUGAGGACCUUAAAACCUGUGUCGACGUGGACGAGUGUGGCCAACAGAGCUCCUGCUGCCAGCAGAACUGCGCCAACUAUCCCGGAGGCUACGAGUGCUACUGCUCAGCGGGCUACCGCCUCAGCUCGGAUGGAUGCAGCUGUGAUGACAUCAACGAGUGUCUGUCAGCAAACGGUGGUUGUGAUCACACGUGUCAAAACAACGGCGGCUCUUACCAGUGCUUUUGUCGACGAGGAUACCGUUUGGGCGAGGACCGCUUCUCCUGCAUCCUUUUGGACAACGCAGUUGAGACCCUGUACAGUGGAGGCGCCACCGAGCUGCCUUUGAUUCGUCCCCGGCUCACCUUGCUACACGACUACAGUCAACCUCUUGAGCGCUACGAUGACUACGAGGACGAUGAGGGCGAGCUGAGGGCCGAGAGUAAUCUCUCUGAGAAGUUCGUGUGUUUGGACAACACUUUCGGGAAUGACUGCAGUCUGACGUGUGAGGACUGUUCGAAUGGUGGAAAAUGUAAUGCCUGGAAGAACGGCUGCGAUUGUCUCGACGGGUGGACGGGAAUAAUCUGCAACCAGACGUGUCCUGAAAACUAUUUUGGUCAAAACUGCUCCUUCCCCUGUAAGUGCAAGAACGGCGCCAGUUGUGAUCCCAUCACCGGGAGCUGUCGUUGCCCGCUGGGCGUCAGCGGGGAGCUGUGCCAGGACGGCUGUCCGAAGGGCUUCUAUGGCAAACAGUGUCGUAAAAGGUGUAACUGCGCCAAUAACGGACGCUGUCAUCGCACCUAUGGAGCCUGCCUGUGUGACCCCGGACUCUAUGGACGCUUCUGCCACCUCUCUUGUCCAAAGUGGACUUUCGGUGCCGGCUGCUCCGAGGAUUGUCAGUGCAUCCAACACAACACUGCCGAGUGUCAUCGUCGUUUCGGCACGUGUAUUUGCAAACCCGGUUACCGAGGCAAUGCCUGCGAGGAAGAAUGUGGCCCAGGCACGUACGGCAGCGGCUGUGCGAAGAUUUGCGCGUGCCCAACCGGGGUGUCGUGUGACCACGUGAGUGGGGAGUGCCAACAAAAGUGCUCGCCGGGUCAUCAUGGCGACAGAUGCGAACAAAACUGCCCCGAAGGAAGCUUCGGCGCUGGCUGUGUGCAUCCUUGUAAUUGCAGCGGCGCCCCCUGUGACAAAGUAACGGGACAGUGCCAGUGUCCAGCUGGCACUUCUGGGACACGCUGUGACAAGGUGUGUCCAGAUGGUUUUUGGGGUGUGGGCUGUUCAGAAAGCUGCCCCGUUUGUGAGAAUGGCGGCGUCUGUGAUAAAAACAAUGGCUCGUGUAACUGUGCUGCCGGCUUCAUGGGAACAUUGUGCCACAGCUCAUGCCCUAGCGGCCUUUUCGGUCGAGGUUGCCAGAUGAAAUGCGUGUGCGAGAACGACGGCCGCUGUGACGCGGUGAGUGGGCGCUGCACCUGUGCUCCUGGCUGGACUGGCCACAACUGCAAGAAAGCGUGCGACACGGGGCACUGGGGGAUGGACUGCGUGGAGAGCUGCAACUGUAAAAAUGGAGACGGCAGUUGUGAUGCGGUGACAGGCCAGUGCAACUGCGAGGCUGGUUACACCGGGACCCAGUGCCAUGAGAAGUGUCCAGCGGGAAAGUUUGGUCUGGGGUGUCGUCAUCUCUGUCAGUGUGAUAAUCAGGCGCUGUGCGACCACGUGAGUGGCGCUUGCACCUGCCAAAUGGGAUGGACCGGAACCUUCUGCGAAAAGCCGUGUCCUCAGGGCUUUUUUGGACUGGACUGUCAGAAGAAGUGUGCGUGUCAAAAUGGCGGCCGCUGCGAUGCGGUCAGCGGGCUGUGUUUGUGUCCCAGUGGCUGGAUUGGACCAUUCUGCAACCAAACAUGCCCGAGUGGUUUCUAUGGCGAUGGCUGUAAGCUGACCUGUGGUUGCCAUAACGACGGCCUCUGCCACCCGGCCAGCGGGCUGUGCACGUGCACGCCAGGUUGGAGUGGACCCAACUGCACACAAGGAUGCCCGGCGGGGUUCUACGGUGCCGAUUGUCGGCACCGCUGCUUGUGUCAGAACGGAGCCACGUGCGAUACAAACAGCGGAAAGUGUGCCUGUUCCAGCGGCUGGACCGGAACCGCCUGUGAAAUGGAGUGCGUGGAUGGACGCUUCGGGGCCGACUGCCAGCGCGAGUGCGAGUGUGAGAAUGGCGGCCGAUGUGACAGACGGACGGGACGCUGCAGCUGCGCCGGCGGCUGGACGGGGGAACGCUGCCACCAACCGUGUGAGCCGGGCACGUUUGGGCUCGGGUGCGAGGGGAGGUGUCAGUGUGUGCGGGGGGUGUCGUGCCACCACAUCACGGGCGACUGUCAGUGCCCGCCCGGCUGGAGAGGAAAACACUGUGACAAAGCCUGUCUGCCAGGUUCUUUCGGGCCGGGCUGCAUGCGGCGCUGCGACUGUUCUCCAGGCACUUCCUGCCACCACGUGUCGGGAGAGUGCGGCUGCCCCGCCGGACUCACUGGCAACGGCUGCGAGCACACUUGCCUCCCUGGAACGUUUGGCCCGGACUGCAAUGAGGUUUGCGAGUGCUCCCAAACCAACCAACUGUGCCACCCGGUGUCUGGAUCGUGCUACUGCGCCCCGGGCUUCUCCGGACCCAAAUGUGAUCAAACAUGUGGAAUGGGUCGUUAUGGUCCAAACUGCGAGCGGGAGUGCGACUGUGAAAACGGUGCCGUGUGCAUCCCUUCCACCGGUGCCUGCCAAUGUUCGCCAGGUUUUAUCGGCGCUCGUUGCAACAUCACGUGUCCCGACGGCCGCUACGGAGUCGACUGCGCUCAGGUGGCCCUCUGUGCAGUCGGAACCCGGAACCACCCGGUGACUGGUCGCUGCGUGUGUCCGCCGGGAUGGAGAGGAGAGCACUGUACACACAGUUGUCUUCCAGGCUGGUUUGGCUCGGGCUGCAUGAAGCGUUGCAACUGCAGCAACGGGGCCGCGUGCAACCCGGAGACAGGCAGGUGCACGUGCGGUCUGGGAUGGAGCGGACGACACUGCGACGCCGCAUGCCCGGCAGGUACGUUUGGCGCUGACUGUCAGCUGAUGUGCGAGUGCCAAAAUAACAGCACGUGCGACAGAGUGAGCGGCACUUGUCACUGUCCGCCAGGAUACUACGGACAUGCGUGUGAACACGCGUGUCCAUCCGGUCUGUACGGGACGCUGUGUCAGCUGAAGUGCGACUGUGCGGCCGGGGCCUCCUGCCACCCUGCGACCGGUCAGUGCAUUUGUCCAGCCGGGCGUCAAGGCACUCGCUGCCAAAAAGUGUGUGAAGAAGGCACAUACGGGCACGGCUGCGCUCGCUUGUGUGACUGCGAGCGCGAUGCUCCGUGCGAUCCCGUCACAGGAAGAUGUCUCUGCGAGCCCGGAAGAACCGGACCCAGAUGUGACCUCGAAUGCCGAGAGAAUCGCUUCGGUCCCGACUGCACGCAGAGCUGCCAAUGUCAGCACGACGCUCGCUGCAACCCCCGCAAUGGCCGCUGCAGCUGCAUGGACAUGCGGAUCGGAUUCUCUUGUCAGGAAGGAGUACCGCCACAACUCGCUCCGGGGAACAGCACGGGAAGUUCGGAAAACUCGUUAUAGCGCCCCCCUGUGCACGUUUGGUGGCUCACUGGAUGAACAAUUCCAAGAGACUCUGAUGAGAUUCCACUCUGGGACCAGAGCUUUAACAAGUGUUGGCAGGGGGGGGGGGG